UAAACAUAUUCUGAUUGUUGGAGCUUUUUGCACAUUGCUUGAUGGUUUGGUUCUUUGUUUAUUUAUGGUUAAAUGGUCUUGUCAUUUAUAUCUUAAAUUUGCACAAAUGGGAUUUUUUUUUACUGGCCACAUGCGGGUUUAACACAUUUGAGGGAGGAGCAUGUAACCAAUCAUACACGUCAUUGUACGAUUGCCUCACUGUACACUAUGAAAGUAUAUUGUGUACAACGUUUUCAUGUAAUCGUUGUUGUAAAUGUGUGUUAUGCCUGUGUUUAGACCAUCUAGAUUACAUUUCACUGUUGUGACCCAAAGCGUUCUUGAGAGCUCAAAGAAACUCAACUAUUUUGUUUGUUCAUAUGUAUUGUUUAUAAAUAAAUAAUUAAAGAAUUUGUUUUUAGCCCUUUCUGUGUGUUAAAAAAACAAAACAAUUAUUUUUUAUAAAUAUUUAUUGGUUCAGAUAUUGGGGUGGCAGGUAGUCUAGUGUUUAGAGCGUUGGGCCUGUUCCCCGGUAGGCGUCAUUGUAAAUAUACAUUUGUUCUUAACUGACUUGCCUAGUUAAAUUAAAUAAAUUGGGCCCCUGUAUAAUAUAAUGAAAUUUGCAACACACAUUGAAGAGAAUGGGGUGGGGAAAAGUCGAAUUCAGGAAGUAGUUUUACUGUAAUGUUUGCGCCUAGGAAAAAAUAAUUUAAUUAAAGCAUUGUGUGUGUGUGUAUAUGUUCAUUGAUUUCAUUCAGUUUGGCUGGAGACAUCAAGGCCAGCUUGAUUUUCUGAUAAGUGUUCUGCGGUUGCGCAUUCAGUUGUUACGGAAAACUCGUAAGUAAAAUCACAUGAUUUGUGUCUUGUCAUAUGACAUUGAUGCGGGCGGCAAGCGACCAGCGACUCACUGGACUUCACAAAAAGAGAGAACCCUAAACUGUCAGAGAUGAAAUUAUUAACUUUUUUGUGCCGAUAAUAUGUGGAGUAUGGAAUGUUGGGGAGUUUUGUCUACGAUUGCUGCCGCCUGUCUGUUAGGUGUGGUGGUGAGCCAGACGACAGCUCCCACGAUGGUUCCUGCUGUGAUGAACACCACAUUCAUUGAGAAUGUGACGGCGACCACCAGAGUCAGUGAGACCACCACAGUCAGUGAGAAUGUGACCGUGACCACACCUAUGAUCCUCAGCACCACAUCCCCAGGCUGCUCUGCCCUCAACACCUCCACCUGUGAGACCUGUGUCCCAGGGUCCUACUCUGACAAUGACACCCUGCUGUGUUCCUGCUGCCAUGAGCCAGGGCUGUGUCUGUUCGCUGGGGCUUGCCUCCCAUGUUCCAGAGGGUUCUUUCAGCCUCUGGCUGGACAACAGCGAUGUCAGCCCUGCAGCCAGGGUUUUUACACCAAUUUUACCGGCAGCCUUAUGUGUCAGUCCUGCUCCCCAGGCUCCUACAGCAACAACACAGGCUCAGACUCCUGCCGAAGCUGUUCUCCAGGUUUCUAUACAUCACAACAAAAUGCCACAUUGUGCAGUCCAUGUCAACAGGGAACGUUCUGCAACUCCUCCAGUUGUGCUCUGUGUCAGAUCUGUCCUGCUGGUACAGAGUCUCUGCAGCCAGCUGCCAAGGAGUGCACACCAUGUCGUCCAGGUAUGCACAAGGCUCCCCGUCAGAGUAUGUGUCAAAUCUGCAGCAGUGGCUUCUUCCAGAUCCGCUGGGGCCAGGAGACCUGUAACCUCUGCCCUGAAAACCACUACUGCCCAAGUCCAGAUGUGAACCCCAUCCUGUGCCCCGGUGAUGCCUUUUGUCCUGAAGGCAGCACUGCUCCAGGUUACUGCAUGGAGACCUUCUUUCGCAAGGCAGGGGAGGAGUGUGAGCUGGCCCCCGUCACCAUUGCUCUACUUGUCAUAGGAGGAGGAGUGGCCCUACUCUUCGUCAUCCUGCUGGUGUUGCGUCGAAGGCGAGACACAGACGGAGAGCUUUCCCUCGUACGACAACCUCUGUUACGCAAAGAGCGGCCGCAAGGUCGAUACUAUGGGAUCCCAUGUGAUGCCGAGCCAGUAUAUGCUGGUUGGUGAGCAUGUCCCCAGCCCCAUCUGAUGCCUCAAAUUAUUGGGGUAAAAUGUCUGGCUUUCAGAGCAGAAUCAACGUACCUCAGCUUUGGACUAAUGGACCAUAAGAGAAAGCAGACUCACACCAAAUCCUAGCCAUGGUUUACCAUGUCCAUUUGAGUACUUUUGAUAACUCACCAGCUCUUUCAUGCGGUACAUCUUCUAGAUGUAUUAUUUUAUUUAUUUAACUAGGCAAGUCAGUUAAGAACAAAUUCUUAUUUUCAAUGACAGCCUAGGACCAGUGGAUUAACUGCCUUGUUCAGGGGCAGAACAACAGAUUUUUACCUUGUCAGCUCGGGGAUUCGAUAUUGCAACCUUUCGGUUACUAGUCCAACGCUCUAACCACUAGGCUACCUGCUGCCGUCAUUCUUGACAAGCAGAUGUGUUUUUCUUCUGUAUUUUGUGCUUUAGUGACCCUAAUAUAUUUGUUAAAAAGAAGAAAAAAUGUCAGCAAUUUAAUUCCUCUUUAGGUUAAUUAGGUCAAUGGUUUAAAGAGGCACACUGGAUGGUUGAGGAGGUUUGAAAAGUGCUUGUUGAGCCUCUUAUCAGGACUUUAUAUGAAAAGCACUUUUGUUUUUGUUUGUAAAUGUUACUGCAUUCAUUUAUGGUAGACCGAAAGUUAUGCUUUAAAGAUUGUUUUAAGUAAAUGUUCCCCUCUUUCACAGAAAUAAUCUUUCCUGGUUAUACAGAUUAAUGAUAUUGAUGAUGUGAGGUACUAUGUAUUAUCUUUAUGUUUGAAAUGCAUCACAUAACAUCUAUAUUCAGCAUUAGUAAUGUUUUUGACCUGUUCUUUAAAAGAAAAGUAUAUUUGUAUGUUUUAAAGAAAAACACCAACUCCACUCCAAGGUAUAUACUGGAAUAAAGCACAACUUUGCACUA